UGACGGGGGUUGAGCAGAUGCCGCGUUUAAGUACUAGUCGGAACUAGGAAACUCUGAAUUUUCGGACUCGCUAACUGUUCGAUCGCGUCGCGUGUAUAACUAGGCUACAACCUUUAGCGAGUCGAACAUUUCAGAAUUUCCUAGUUUCGACGAACGCGUGAACGCGACAAGACAGACCUGUGCGAGCGGCCUGUUGCUACUCACUACGUAGACACAGUUUAAACUCUGUACUGUCUUUGACGUAGGUGUCGUUUGCCUGCUAGUGGCUUUCACUGUAAAAACAUGGCGAGGUUUAGCGAGCAUGGGAUUCGCCUCAGUUCCAUGAGUCCGUCCUUCCUGAAUAGUAAUUCAACAAGUCAUACGUGGCCUUUCAGCGCAGUUGCAGAACUAAUAGAUAAUGCGUCAGACCCGGGCGUGACAGCCAGGCAGAUCUGGAUAGAUGUGGUGGAGGAACAGCAACAGCUCUGUCUGGCCUUCACUGACAACGGCAGCGGCAUGACCCCCAACAAACUGCACAAAAUGCUCAGUUUUGGUUUCACAGAGAAAGGGUCUGGUAAGGGCAGCCACCAGGCCAUCGGUGUCUAUGGAAACGGCUUUAAGUCUGGCUCCAUGCGUCUGGGUCGUGACGCUCUGAUCUUCACUAAGAACGGAGGCUGUCUGACCGUCGGCAUGCUGUCCCAGAGCUACCUACAGGCUAUAAAGGCACAGGCUGUCAUCGUCCCCAUAGUGCCCUUCAACCAACAGACCAAGGUGCUGGUAGUGACUGAGGACUCUGAGGCCAGUCUGAAUGCCAUCCUGACCCACUCUCUGAUCCACACUCAGAAGGAGCUGCUACAGCACUUUGAGUCCAUCCUCUCGAAGAAGGGCACUAAGAUCCUCAUCUGGAACAUACGCAGGAACAAAGAUGGUAAGCCGGAGCUGGAUUUCGAGACAGAUGAGUUUGACAUCCGGAUGCCAGAGAUCCACUCAGAGGAGACCAAGACUAGAGGCAGGAAGAAGAGCUUCCCUGGACCGCAGAGGACUGACCACACCAUCCCAGAGAUGGACUACUCCCUGAGAGCCUACCUCAGCAUCUUGUACCUGAAGCCUCGGACUCAGAUCAUCCUGCGACAGAAGAAGGUUCAGACCAAGCUGGUCGCCAAGAGCCUGUCGCAGAUUGAGAAUGAUGUUUAUAAACCCCAAUUCAAUAAAGACAGAGUUAAGGUCACCUUUGGGUUCAACCGUAAGAACAAAGACCACUAUGGCAUCAUGAUGUACCACAAGAACCGCCUCAUCAAGUCAUAUGAGAAGGUUGGCUACCAGAUCAAGUCGUCAGGUCAGAGGGCAGGGGUUGGGGUUAUUGGAAUCAUUGAGUGCAACUUCCUGAAGCCGGCUCACAACAAGCAAGACUUUGAAUACACCAAAGAGUACAGACUGACCCUGUCGUCCCUGGGGCUGAAGCUCAACGACUACUGGAAUGAGAUGAUGGAGAAAAAGGCGAGAGAACGAGAGUUCCUGGCAGCGGAGAAGAAGAAUGAAGAGGAAGAUGAGGAGGAGGAAGAGGAGGAGAGUCCAGUGUGGCUGCAGUGUGAGGACUGUCUGAGGUGGAGGCGUGUCCCAGAAGGCCACUACAGCUCCACCCCUGAACACUGGAGCUGCAGCCAGAACCCCAACACCAUGCUCAGGAGCUGCUCUUUGCCAGAGGAAGCAGAGGAGAGUGAAGAAGAGUUAACGCCAAGCUACCAGAAGAAGACCUACAAGAAGGACCAAGGCCUGGUCAAAAAACGAGGCCGUCCACGGAAGCACCAUGUACUCCCCCAAGGCCUGUCUGAGCCAGUCCUCCUCCGCCCCCUGCCCCGUGAUGCCCCCCUCCCUCUGUCUGAGCCGGUCCUCCUCCGCCCCCUACCCCGUGAUGCCCCCCUGCCCCUGACUGAACCGGUCCUCCUUCGCCCUCUACCCCCUGAUGCCCCCUCCAUCUGCUCACAGAGGAGACUGAGAAGAGCGAGCAGAAUAAGCCAGUGGCUCCACUGGUGGCCACUUUAGAGGAUGACGAGGACAACAUGGCACAGUCCCAGUCUGGGUCAGAGACAUGCGCACCCACACGCGCAUGCAAACGCUCAUACAG